GGUCCGUUUCAUAAUUCACUCCGGUAGUGUUCUGUGAUGCGGGAUGGUGUGAGUAAGAGGGGUUUACUGUCUCCUCGUGCCUCAGUCCUUCCCGCAACGGAAACCUAUUAAUGAUAUCAGGGGGGUUACAGUCACCUCGGGGGGUUUCUGCAGUCCGAAACAAGUCAGCUCUCUAUCUGUUAUUGGGGAAUGAACGACGAGAAAAGCCCGGAUAACGGCAAGAGAAACUCUGGGUAUACCAGAGUCUGAUUGGACUGCAACAUCUGAUCCUUCUCUAUGUGGCUUUGUGUUUCUCUGUUCACAGUAUUGAGCAAAUGCUGGCUGUGAACCCCGGGAAGACGCCCAUCAGUCUGCUGCAGGAAUAUGGAACGCGGAUAGGCAAGACUCCAGUGUACGACCUGCUGAAGGCUGAGGGUCAGGCCCACCAGCCCAACUUCACCUUCCGCGUGUCUGUGGGAGACAUCAACUGCACCGGCCAGGGCCCCAGCAAGAAAGCUGCCAAGCACAAAGCCGCCGAAGCUGCCCUGAAAAUGCUGAAAGGAGGAAUGCUGGGAGGAAUCGGAGCGAAUGGGAUGGAGGGAGAAGGGUUUGUCGGGAUUGAUAUGGAGGGAGAAUGCCCUCAGUCAGAGAUGAAAUCAUCUAGUUCAACACAACAAGCUGAGUGCAAUCCAGUCGGAGCUUUGCAGGAACUAGUAGUGCAGAAAGGCUGGCGUUUACCUGAAUACACAGUCACUCAAGAAUCUGGUCCUGCACACCGCAAAGAGUUUACAAUGACCUGCAGGGUGGAGAGAUUUGUUGAGAUAGGUAGUGGCACAUCAAAAAAGCUUGCUAAAAGAAAUGCAGCGGCAAAGAUGCUCUCUCGUAUCCAUGACGUACCAGUGGACAUGCGUAGCAGCCAUGAGGCCGAAGCAGAAGAUGACACCUUCAGCAUGCAAAUAGGUGGCAGACUAGAGGGAGGGAAGUCUAAAGGUCUCGGCUGCACGUGGGACUCUCUGCGAAACUCGGCCGGAGAGAAGAUCCUACAGCUGCGCUGUCAUCCUCUGGGCCAGCCCGACUCCAAUGACUUCAAUUUCUGUUCUCUCCUUCGUGAGCUUUCUGAGGAACAGCGCUUUGACGUCAGCUACCUGGACAUAGAGGAACGCAGUUUGAGUGGACUUUACCAGUGUCUGGUGGAGUUGUCUACACAGCCCAUUACCGUCUGUCACGGAUUCGCCUCCAGCCUGGAUGCAGCGCGUGCCAGCGCUGCCCACAAUGCCCUUCAGUACCUCAAGAUCAUGGCAGGGGGGAAAUAAACCACAGUUACAGAUCUCAUGUAACAUUUUUGUUUCUUUUUGCUACCUAGAGGAAAAUGGGAAAAUCAGGUGAAUUGAAGCUUACCUCUUCUGCCCCCAGUUGUGUAAUAUUGAGGGGCCUUGUUUGUUUGACGCAGUAGGUGCACGAUUGCUUACUGCUACCAGCUGUGAAAUCAGUUGGAGGACAUACCGAUUGCCUAAUUUUCACAUUGAAUUUGACACCAAAAGUGUGCACCCUUGCUCCUCAGUGCCUCCAAACAAAGGCAGGGGACACUAUUAACUUGAAACCUGAGGACAGAGGUUCACAGGUGUGCAGUGUGAGUGAAUUUGUCUGUAGUUUAUUUGGAAAAAGUCAUAUUUAUUUCUUCACAAAAAACUGAGCUUUGCCCGAAAGUCUUCGCGUUUUAACUUUCUCUAAUUAAAAUUGUGGUAUAGAUAAUUUGCUCUGUGACCUAGAUGAAUUGAUGAACCUACAACAGACAGCAUGACUUUUUUUAAUUGUAAAUAUUUCACUUUUGUACAUUUUUAUUUUCAUUAUAUUUUAGGAAUAGUUAUUCGUUAACGUUAAUUUUGCUUUAUAGAACGUAUUUGUAAAAUAAAGUCUUUUUCUCUGCCAUUGAAACUAUGAUAUACAUUUUAACAGUUUGACAGUUUGUGGUAAAUAUCUACCUCUGUGUGUGUGUUCCUGCCUUACAGGCUUCAUCAUUACAUUUGGACUUGCAAAGACUGAAAUGUUCAUAUUCAAUAUAAUAGUAUAUGACCAACAACAGUAGGAUGUGACUGUGUGGCAACUGAUGUAAUUUGUACCAAAUUGGUGAAUCUGUAUCUACUGAAUAUUUUAUCUUGAACAAUAAACUUGAAGUUGACAUUA